CCUUCCCCGCCCCCACGGCUACCAACGGCAGCCACGGCCGCCGCCGCCUUCGCCCCCACUCCUCGAGCGUGCGCCUCCCACAAUCCCCCCCGCGGGACGUUCCAUUGCGCGCGCCUGCCGGGGUCGGGGAGAAGCGGGCCCGCCCGCGCGGAAGAGGCUUGACAGCAGGACGGGGAUCUUUAGAGUAGCGAGCGAAGGUACCUAGGCACCGACCUCCUGGGACGGGCCACCGCGACGCCAAGGCUCGCUGCCCGCUUCCGGCCGCGGGGCGGGUGGCGCGGUGCCCCUCCGCUAGGCUGUGGUUGCAGCCGCGGCGACUGCGCGUUGGGUAGCUUCCUGCCACACGACCCAAGCUUGCUUCCCGGCUGCUGGACUGGCGCCUCGGAUCCAACCGCUGGCGGGGUGUGCGGGUCACCGAAGCAAGAGUACUCGUAGUGGCCACAUGAGAGCAAAGACCAUGCUGACAGGACUAACAAGGCUUUUCUCCAGGGUCCAGAAGUUGGACCCGCGGUGUUUUUUGCACGGGAGUGGCCAAGCGACUCAGAACAGUCAGGUUCCAUCUGAGCAUCCCAGAGUUGUUUCCCGCACCAGUGACAGUGACCCGGCUAAGCAUGGGGAGCAGCAUGAGGGUCAGCACUAUAGCAUCCCCCUCCAGGAUCUGAAGACAGUGUUUCCUCAUGGCCUGCCUCCUCGGUACAUGAUGCAGGUGAAGACUUUUGGCGAAGCUUGUCUAAUGGUCAGGAAGCCAGCUCUUGAGCUUCUGGGCUACCUGAAAAAUACCAACUUUGCUCAUCCAGCUGUGCGCUAUCUUCUCUAUGGGGAGAAGGGGACAGGAAAGACCCUCAGCCUCUGCCAUGCAAUUCAUUUCUGUGCAAAACAUGACUGGCUGAUCCUGCAUAUCCCAGAUGCUCAUCUUUGGGUGAAAAACUGCCGGGAGCUCCUACAGUCCACUUACAACAAACAGCGCUUUGACCAACCCUUAGAGGCCUCUACCUGGCUGAAGAAUUUCAAAACUACCAACGAGCGCUUCCUGAGUCAGAUAAAAGUUCAAGAGAAGUAUGUUUGGAAUAAGAGAGAAAGCACUGAGAAAGGCAGUCCUCUGGGAGAAGUUGUCGAACAGGGCUUAACCCGAGUGAGGAAUGCCACUGAUGCUGUUGGGGUUGUGAUGAAGGAGCUGAAAACUCAGAGCGCCCUAGGGCUCUUUCACCUCCUGGUGGCUGUGGAUGGAGUCAAUGCCCUCUGGGGAAGGACCACGCUGAAAAGAGAAGAUAGAACCUUGAUUGCCCCGGAGGAACUCUCCCUUGUCCACAAUCUAAGGAAAAUGGUGAAAAAUGACUGGCAUGGAGGUGCAAUUGUGGCGAGCUUGAGCCAAACCGGGUCUCUCUUUAAGUCCAGGACAGCCUAUUUGCCGCACGAGCUGCUGGGAAAGGAAGGGUUUAAAGCCCUAGAGCCUUUUCUUCCCAUCCUCAUUCCCAACUACAAUCCAAAGGAAUUUGAAAGUUCCUUCCAGUAUUACUUAGAGAACGACUGGCUUCAGCAUGAGAAAGUAAACAUAUUUGGAGCCCCAACUAUAGGGGUAGUUGAUGUAAUCUUUGGAAAGAUCACAGAAUGUUCUCUAAAGAAGGAUUGAGCAUCUUGAAAAACUGGGCAGGUGAGCUGGAGUUCUGACCUCACUCUUCGCCAAACCUCUGGGUAAAAGAAGAGGCCUGGACCCCCACUAUUGAUUGGAUUAUAGGGGGGAGGUGUUGACAGUACCGAGUCUGGGGAACCCUUUUCAGUCUCUGACCCCCCUUUUUUUUUUGUUUUUUCUUAAGGGAGUUUUUCUCUAUCUUCUCAGUUAGACUUUGUAAUUUUUUAUCUGUAUUAGACCAAUCUGUGUCUGAGGUUUUUUUUUGUUUUUUUUUUUUUUUUUUUUUUUUUUUUUUUUUUUUUUUUAUUCACUAUUUCUCUUUCAGGUGUUUUAGAGCUGUCUGUCCUGUCUUAUAACACUUUUGAUCUUCUAGGUAGUUCUCUUUAAAUUGGGUUGACCCCUCUAUCUCAUAUACCUUAGAACUAACAGGUCUAGCUAUAGACUGAGGAUUUGUGUCCAACAAUUGAAUUGAAGCAUUUCUUCUCUUAAAGAUAUAAUGUUGGUUCUUUUCUCCCUGCACUCUAUUUGUUUUUAACAAGCUUUUACAUAGGUCUUAACAGUUCUUAAAGAGUCAGAAAAAUUGAGUUUAACAUUAACAGUUCUUGGAGAGCCAGAAAAAUUGAAUAUAAAACGCCAUGUUUAUUUUUGUUACUUUUUUUUUCUCUUUUUGUCUGUUUCUCUUACUUUUGUCUUCUUCUUCUUGUUCUAAUCUUAUGUCUUCUGUCGCUCUUGUCUCUCUGGAGCCAGUUAUUUAAGCUCUGUCUCUUGGCCCAGGUAUGGAAGUAAUGAGGCCGUUCACUUGGGGCUCAGCUCUCUACAGUGUUUUCUUUUAGGCUCAACUAUCGAGCACUUUUCUUGUUCUAAAGGCAGACUUGUCUCUAACCGAGAGCUUUACUUUGAGGCUCAACUACCGAGCACUUUUUUUGUUCUAAAGGCAGACUUUAUGUCUCUAACCGAGAGCUUUAUUUUGAGGCUCAACUUACCGAGUGUUUUUUGAUCAACCGCCCUGUCCGACGAGAGUUUUGGAGUCUCUUAUGGGUCACUUUGACAUGAAGUCGUCGUUCUGGCCCACCCAGGGAUGCCACUUGUGGUGGGCCUUUGCUGGCCGACCACAAUAACGACCAGACAUGAGACUUCUUCUCUCGACGGUUUACUCAGGAAACUUUCUUCUUGUGUUAACAGCUCUUUUAGGUUUCUAAGUGUUACACAGCUCUUUUAAGUAUUAAGCCUCUUCUUGGCGUCACCGCUUCCUCCCACCUCCCAGCGCGCUUCUAGGUGCUGCGGCUCUUCCCGCUUCUACAGAAUGGGCAGCGGGCGGCUGGCAGCGGGCGGCCGGCGGCAGCAGCUCCUGCAUAGUCGCCCGCUGCUCUUCUUCUGUGGAGUCACUGCUGCUCUUGCCGCUGCUCUUGCUUUAAGAAUGGCGUGGCGUAGAAUCGCUCUGACUGCCUAGAGAGCGCCCCUUUUUAUACCCGUGCCCAAGCCCUCGUGGUUCUACUGGAUUGGUUCUCUGACAAUCACCUCAUUAACAUACACCUGUUUGAGAGGGGCUUGGUAGCACGCACCUGCUCGAGUUUGGUGUAUGAUUAGUUAACUUACACCUGCUCGAGAGACACCUAAUUUACAUGAGCCCACUCGAGAGGGGCACCUGCAU